AUGGAUAUUAAAUAAACACCAUCUUAAAAAUUAGAAUGUUUAUUAGAGUGUACUAAAACUAUGACUGAAAUACUAAAAUUAAGUUCUAAUAAUGAUGAGGCUGCAUCAGCUGAUGUUACUUUGCCUAACUUAAUAUAUAUUCUUAUUAAAUCUAAACCUAAAAGAAUCUUCAUUAAAGUUUUUAAAAAUCAAAAUAAAAUGCUUUCAGAAUAAGGAUAUUGUUUUGUUUAAAUCCAGGGGGCUCUAAAAUUCUUAGAAAAUUUAAAUUGGAACGAGCUUAAUUAAUAUAUUUAUUUAAUUUGA